CUCUCUCUCUCUCUCUCCUUUUCAUCUUCUUUCUUUAACGCUUCCUCUCUUUGAGAACUUGCUCUCUCUCUCUCUCUCUCUCUCUCUCUCUCAUCUUCUCACCGCUUUGUGCAUCUCUCUAUCGGGUUUCUCCCCCUUUGUUUCCGGGCUGUUUCUUAACCUUCUCUCUCUCCCUUUAUUUCUUCUGCCAUCGCCAAACCUUAUCUUUUGCUUCCUGGGUUUUGCUUCUUAUUUGGUCACAGCUUGGACACAUUUAUCUCUCGGCAGGAAAGUUAUAUGGGCUGAACUAGGAAUUUCAUGGGAGUUGUGGAGGAUACUGAACCUCCUUUGAAACGUGCAAAGCGGCUUGUUGACGAACCUAACGGCUUCUCCGGGAACUCUUCUGUUAGACCUUGUAGUGUGAACAACUCUUUGGGAGACCUGAUGGCAAGGCCUCUCACCUCCCAAGGGGAUGACCAAACUAUCGGCUCCAAAGGUGUCAUUAAAAAAUCUGAAUUUGUUAGGAUUAUCACUAGGGCUCUUUAUUCUCUUGGAUAUGAUAAAACCGGGGCUAUGUUGGAGGAAGAAUCCGGUAUCUCUCUCCAUAAUUCCAUCAUUAAGGCGUUUCUGCAGCAGGUUAAGGAUGGAAAAUGGGAUGAAAGUGUUAAAACAUUGCACAGAAUCGGUCUGUCUGAUGAGAAGGCUGUCAAAUCUGCUUCUUUCUUGCUCUUAGAGCAAAAGUUCUUAGAGCUUCUGAAAUUUGAAAAGAUACUUGAUGCGCUUGGCACCUUAAGGAAUGAGAUGGUGCCUCUUCGUAUUAAUACAAAGCGUGUUCACGAGCUUGCUUCCUCCCUUAUAUCACCUUCCAGCCUUAUAUCACAUACCACUUCUGAUCCAGGUAAAGAAAGUGUGAAUUCGAGGUCCAAGAUUCUUGAGGAACUGCAAAACUUGCUUCCUGCUUCUGUUAUAAUCCCAGAAAAGAGGUUGGAGUGUUUAGUUGAGAAUUCCCUUCAUAUCCAGCGGGAUUCUUGUGUUUUCCAUAAUACCUUGGAUAGUGAUUUGUCUUUGUAUACUGAUCAUCAAUGCGGGAAGCACCAAAUUCCUUCUCAGACUGUUCAGAUCUUGGCGUCACAUACCGAUGAAGUUUGGUUCUUGCAAUUCUCUCAUAAUGGCAAAUAUCUGGCGUCAUCUUCCAAGGAUCAGACUGCGAUUAUAUGGGAGAUCAACGCAGAUGGGAAAAUUUCGUUGAAGCAUACACUUGUUGGCCACCAAAAACCCGUAAUUGCCAUCUUAUGGAGUCCUGAUGAUCGUCAAGUUCUUACAUGUGGAGCAGAAGAGGUUAUCAGACGCUGGGAUGUUGAUUCAGGAGACUGUGUUCAAAUGUAUGAAAAAGGUGGUAUUAGUCCCAUUUCUUGCGGAUGGUAUCCUGACGGCCAGGGAAUAAUCGCUGGGAUGACAGACCGAAGCAUAUGCAUGUGGGAUUUAGAUGGUAGAGAGAUAGAAUGCUGGAAAGGUCAGAGGACGCAGAAGGUAUCUGAUAUAGCAAUGACGGACGAUGGAAAGUGGCUCGUAAGUGUAUGCAAGGAUUCAGUGAUUUCCCUAUUUGAUAGGGAAGCUACAGUUGAGAGAUUGAUCGAAGAGGAAGACAUGAUUACAUCGUUCUCGCUUUCGAAUGACAACAAAUAUCUCCUGGUAAAUCUCCUAAACCAGGAAAUCCGUCUCUGGAAUAUCGAAGGUGACCCCAAGAUUGUGUCGAGGUACAAAGGCCACAGGCGUUCACGAUUCAUCAUCAGAUCAUGCUUUGGUGGGUACAAACAAGCUUUUAUUGCUAGUGGAAGCGAGGAUUCUCAGGUAUACAUUUGGCACAGAUCAACAGGGAAGUUAAUCAUUGAGCUACCAGGGCAUGCAGGAGCGGUAAACUGCGUGAGCUGGAGCCCGACGAACCUUCACAUGUUGGCGUCAGCAAGCGAUGAUGGAACCAUAAGGAUAUGGGGACUCGAGAGGAUUAACCAACAGAAUCAGAAGAAGCAAGUGCAAGGAAGUAGUAGUAACGGCGUGAUUCACCGAUGCAAUGGGAAUUGAUUUAUGAUAAUAAGAAUGAAUUUCGUAAAAAACUAUUUUAACAGUUAAAAUGUUGUUUCUUCUUUCUUCUUCAUCUUCCUCUUUUUGUUUGCUUCUUCCUUUGGUUAUGGAGAAAGCAAAAGAAAGAAGGCAAAAGCUGUUCUCUUCUUUAUUAAUCCCUGAACGCAAAAAGAAACAAAAAAAAGGUUCAAAAAUGCAA